UCCGCCCUCGUUGCCGCGGUGACCGCUGACACAGUGGCCGCCGCAUUCCCCGGAGACCCUGGGAGGCUCCGGUUGCUAUGGCGAUCGCUGGUGCCAGCUCUCCCCGGGGGACUCCUUCCACUUGGAACCCCUCCCGGGCCCCGCCCCGCAACGCUCAGGAUUCGGCAGACGCCUGCCUGUCACAGGCCCUCGUCGCUAUGGUGAUCGCCGCCGCAGGUCAGGAAGACUAGGCCGCACACACUCCGGGGGCUCUGCAGUCGCCGCCGCGGGAUUCUGGAAGGAUGAGGUCCUCCCUGACGCCUAGGGGCCCUCCUGUGAGCCGGGACCGCAUCAUCGCCUGUCUCCCUAAGUGGUACACACCUGAGGCCUGCCUACAGCUCAAGGAGCACUUCCAUGGGCAGGUCAGCGUGGCCUGCCAGCGCAGGAACACGGGCACUGUUGGGCUCAAACUCUCCAAGGUGGUUGUCCUGGGUGACCUCUACGUGGGCAAGACCAGCCUCAUUCACAGGUUUUGCAAGAAUGUUUUUGACCGUGACUAUAAGGCCACUAUUGGGGUUGACUUUGAAAUUGAGCGCUUUGAGAUCGCUGGGAUUCCCUACAGCCUCCAGAUCUGGGACACCGCCGGACAGGAGAAGUUCAAGUGCAUCGCAUCUGCGUACUACCGGGGCGCCCAAGUGAUUAUCACAGCCUUUGACCUCACCGAUGUGCAGACUCUGGAGCAUACCAGGCAAUGGCUGGAGGAUGCACUCAGAGAGAACGAACCAGGCUCCUGCUUCGUGUUCCUAGUGGGAACCAAGAAGGACCUUCUGUCAGGUGCAGCAUGCGAGCAGGUGGAAGCGGACGCCGUGCGCCUGGCCAAUGAGAUGCAGGCUGAGUACUGGUCGGUGUCAGCCAAGACAGGGGAGAACGUGAAGGCGUUCUUCAGCCGUGUCGCCGCCCUGGCAUUUGAGCAGUCUGUGCUGCAGGACCUGGAGCGAAGGAGCAGCACCCGGCUCCAGGUCGGCGAUGGAGACCUCAUCCGAGUGGACGAAGGGUCAGCCAAGAGCCCAGAGAGCAGAAGGCCCUCGGGCACGAGUUGCUGCUAGCUGGGCCUGUGUCACAUGCCUCCACUCCCUCGUAUCGAGUAUUGAUUCCUGUGCCUGGACAGGGACGACGACGACAAGGAGCCUGGAGUUCAGCCACAUGACUGCCCACCCGCUGUGCUGAGCCCAGGAGGGACAGGCAAGUCCUCCACUACCUGCCCCAGAGCCCCAAGUGCCCAGCUGGGGGCGCCACUGUGGCACCGGUGGGAAGGCCAGCUGUCCCUCCAGAAUUACUGGAAAGUCUCCCUGGUCCCGGAGAGGCGCCCAGACACAGGCACUUCUCCCGUCACAGCCCUCGCCUUGCCCUUGGCCUCCGCACACCUCAGCAGUCCCCCUGGGCUCCGGACUGAUCUCAGAAUCCUUCUAAACGGAGCGGUGGGGGCAAACAGAACUACAAAGAGUGAGUGCCUGCGGAAGAACCCAUCUGCGUGUUUGUGUGGGACUUUGCUAGAUGUAACAGGACUUGCAGUUCUGGGCCUCCCCAAUUCCUCUCCAGAAAAGGAGAAACAAGACGGCCUCGUGGGCCCUUCCUGCCAAUCUUCUGCCCUUCCCGUCCGUGGAUGAGCACAGAACAAGCCAGUAAGUGUCUCUGCUCUGACCCACCUGGACAGUGAAUCGGCCUAAUCUCACCACACCACGAAAGAAACUGCACAGUGGCCUCUGGGGUGACUCAUGGCUGCAGCUCUCAAGCCUGGCACUGUCCUAUGUUGCCACUCGCCACCCAGAUGCUGCUGAGCCGAUGCCACUCCUCUCCCAUCAGCCUGUAAACAGUAAAGGCCUGGGCACGGAAAACUUUCGUGAUGGCAUCCUUAUUGCCCACAGGCCUCACUGCCCCGGGCCACCACGAGGUGCCUCCACUUUCACCUGCCACACAUGUGUUCCCACCUACCUCUUGCCACAGGCAGGUGAACACAUCUGGCAUCCCAUCUGCCUUGCACUGCUGGUGAGCUUUUGAGAGACAUUGUUCCGGUUAGCACCACCUUCCGGGACUCCAAACAGGACCUGAAUACCACAGUUGCCCAGAGGAUGUCAUCAGCUCAGAGGAACUGCCAGUUAUUGAUGAAGACGAACCCUGUUCAUACCACCACCUUAUUUGUUUUUUAAGUAGAAAAAUGUAGAUUGGAGAGCUAGUAUAGUGAGUAGGGUGCUUGCCUUGCUUGAGGCCAGCCCUGGUGGACCCCAGAACCACGUAUGGUUCCCUAAGCCCUACCAAGACUGACUCCUGAGCACAGAGCCAGGAGUAAGCCCUGAACACGGUCAUGUGGGGCUCCCAAACCAAAAUCAAUUAAUAAAUACAUAAAAACAGAAAACAUUUUAAAAAUAGUUAAGCAAGUCGCUUUUAUAGAAUCCACCAUACUUAGAUGUAAGAGAAGAGGAAGUGGGUUUGAAAUAUGUGUUCAAGAGAGAACAAAGGCUUGUCCAGAGUGGAGAUAAACAAGCAAAGAAACGCAGAGGCAAGCAAGCAAGAUGCGUGUUCAAGGGAGAACAAGGGCUUGAAGUCAGAAAUUGCAGUUUUAGAGAAAUUAUUCUUUUUUUUAACAUUUUUUUUUUUGAGAAAUUACUCUUGAGGGAAUUAUGUGUCGGUUGUUAUGAGAAAAGAAAGCGCCCAGUCUGUGACGCUCCCCAGCGGGAAGCGUGUUAGGUAGCUGGUGGGAUUCUUUGCAGAUUCUUCCUUGAGCCCAUUGUGGGUUUGUUUUAUCAUUUAACCUGAAUGGCCUCCUGCUGCCCUCCCUGCCGUGUGGCCUGUAUUUUCUGUGCCCCGCUAGAGCCCUCCUGCUGCUCAUGCGCCCAGCCUGCCCAUUCUGUGGCCUUUGUUCCUUCUGCGAGUGGGCUGGAAUCCACUGGGCCUGCUUUGCAUGUGGGACAUUGGGUUCACAGCCAGCUUGUAGCUUUGACUGAAGGUGCCGCUGUGUUUAUCCCUGCAGCUACGGCUCUUCCACACUCAGCAUUCCCGGAGAUGGUCUCACUGAGGCUUUCUGUGCAAUGGCCCUGGACAUGUAUGCUUAUGUGUUCUGGGAGGGUGGGCUCAUCUGCAUCAGGGGCGCAUUAGGACCAGUUACUUUGGCACAAAUCAGCAAGGGUCACCACAAGGGCCAGCUCAGCCAGGAGUGGCGGGUGGUCCCCACAGCUCCCUCCCCUCAGUGGGCCAGGCCCAGGACCUGAGGGAGGGAGUGUGCGAUACUGAUGCCCUGCUCUUACUCGCUUGAGCUAGAACCUCAUUUCCGCCCCCCCCCCCCAGCCCUCUGUGAAUGGCCCCUUAUUAAAGUGUCCUUGUG